CUGCCGUGGCAGGCGCCUGCCGCGGCUCGCACCUGACCACGAAGUUGAGCCGCGCGCCGCAGUGCCGCAGCUUCGCGAAGCCUGGGCCAGCUGGGGCGCGGAGCCGGAGCGGAGCACCCUCGGAGGCCGGAGCAGCUGGGCCUGCGGAGCCUCCCUCCGUCUACCUCGCUCGGGAGCAGGAGGCUUUCGCUGACUCCCAGCCCACGGCGUCGCCGUGACCCCCUAGGCUCACCCUGUAGCUCCCGGCGAGAUGCUCCAGGACGUUAUGACUUUUCUGCUUUGCAAGACAGUUCAAGAAAUUGGCGGAAAGACAAACUCUUCCCACUCCCAAGGACUGUGUUGUCUUUAGGUGUUUGGGGUCAGGGCUAGCGAAUCAGAAGGCCCUGUCUUCAUCGUGUCCUCUCCAACAUCCUCAGAGGAGCUUCCUUUCUAGCAUCUUUCUAGCAUUUUCCAGGGCCAUGAUCCCGAAGGUUUGAGUUGUUUACAAGGAAAGAGAAGCUGUCUCCUGAGCCCCAAAAUGGCGGCUAAGAUGGAGAUAACUUUGAGCUCGCAGUCCCACAUUCAGGCUUCCUCCAAGCAAGAGAGACACAUAAUAACAAAGCUAGAAGAGAAACGGGGGCCUGCUCUUCAAAAAGACUGCCCUGAUCCUGAGCUCUCUCGCCAGAGCUUUAGACGGUUUUGUUAUCAAGAGGUGUCUGGACCCCAAGAGGCACUCUCCCAGCUUCGACAGCUCUGCCAUCAGUGGCUGCAGCCCGAGGUGCACACCAAGGAGCAGAUUUUGGAGCUGCUGGUGCUGGAACAGUUUCUGAACAUCCUCCCUCCGGAGAUCCAGGCUCGGGUCAGGCAUCAAUGUCCAAUGAGCAGCAAGGAGAUUGUGACCCUGGUAGAAGAUUUUCACAGAGCAGCCAAGAGACCAAAGCAGUGGGUGGCCGUUUGUAUGCAGGGGCAGAAGGUGCUCCUGGAGAAAACUGGAUCUCAGCUUGGAGAACAGGAACUGCCAAACUUUCAACUGCAAACUCCUAGGAGAUAUCCCAGAGAGAGCUCACUGGAGGAGCCUUCACAGGCAGGAUCUCAGGACCAGCUGAGCCCUGAUCAUUGGGAAAAAUCCCCACUCCUUCGGGAACCAACCCCCAAAUUGGUUGGAACAGAGCUUCUUACAGUGAAAACAUAUCCAUAUGUGACCGCUGAUGAACUUCCAUGCAAGCUGUGGCUGAAGGCCACCAGAAUGAAAAGUGACAACAAGGAAAACCCGCAACAGGAGGGGGCUAAAGGAGCAAAGCCCUGUGCAUUGUCAGCUGGCAGAGCCAAAGGGAAUGGUCUCCAGAGUCCUGAACCGAGGGGGACGAAUAUGAAUGAACCCCGCUUGUCACGGAGGCAGGUCAGCCCUCCAAAUGCCCAAAAGCCGUUUGCUCACUACCAGAGACAUUGCAGGGAACUGGAAUACAUCAGUAGCCCCCUAAAGAGCCACACACACAGAGAGCUGAGGAAAGGCAAAGGAAGUAAAAGAAGUCUGAGCAGUCAUGUGCAACGUCGUGGCCACCAGCUGACCCGCUCAGUAAGGAAACCUUACAAAUGUGAUGACUGUGGGAAAAGCUUCACAUGGAAUUCAGAGCUGAAAAGACACAAGCGAGUCCACACGGGGGAGAGACCCUACACGUGCGGCGAGUGUGGAAACUGCUUUGGGCGGCAGUCAACCCUGAAACUGCACCAGAGGAUCCACACUGGAGAGAAACCGUAUCAGUGUGGCCAGUGUGGGAAAAGCUUUCGCCAGAGCUCAAACCUUCACCAGCAUCACAGACUCCACCACGGGGAGUGAAAGCAGAGCUUCGUGCUUUCUGUUCAGAAGGAAGGCGUUUGUAUUUCUCCUUCCCCUUACUUGCAUGUAAAUCACAAAGACUGCCUGCGUGACCUACAAGGAAAGCAAGCAGUCUGUGAGGAAUGAUGGUAGACAUUUGGCUGGUGAGGGGUCCCAGAAGAAGCUGACCAAGGACCUGACCAUGCACAGUGACAGGGUGAAGAGAUCCAGGUCUGGGUGUUGGGUCACAGAGAACCCAGGGUCUCAGUUGGAGAGUGGGGAGUAACUACUGAGGGAGAAUCAGGACGAUCCUGCCGGUGCCCCACCUUGAUGUUAAAUCUUCCCUCUGCUGCUUUAUUUAUUCUCUAAAUAUGUUCUGGGGUAAAUUCUAUAGUUAUGCAUUGGCUGUCAUACCAGAUAAUCUUUAUCACACACACACUUCUUUAAUAAAGAUGAGUGAUCCACAAGAAUUUCAAGGCAAAAGUUUGUUGGAAUAUAAAUCCCUUGAUAUUCUUCCCACAAUUCCUGGCUAUUCAUAACAAAGGACAUGUGAAGUGAGAGUAUGAACAUGUUUGUGUGAGGAGAGGGUUUCCAAGUAAUUAGUGCUUUUAUCAAAAUAAAUAAAUACACGCACACACAUAUUGAGGGAUCUUUUUAUAUCAAAGCACCUUUGAUUUAGGAAAAGAAAAUGUACACAGCUGCUCCCAAGGGACAGGGAAAAGCUACAACAAGAAGCAAGUAGUGGAUGUAGACUGCUAAGGUGUCAAAGGGAAUCCUUACUACUCUUUCUCCCUUAGGCCAGGAGGUUUAAGAAUAACAA